AUGGUGAAGAUGCUGGUGUUGUCUGUUCAGGGCAGCUAUAGCUGUCGGUACAGAAUACCAGGGAGCCAGCCCGUCAGCUCUCCUCGUAGCAACUCCAUUGACAUUAUCAUAGUUGACUUUGUUCACCAUGGGGCUUACCGCUGUCAGUAUAAGACAAGGGUAUCUGAUCGCCCCUUCAGCUCUCCUCAUAGUGACUCUGUCAGUUUCUCUGUGAUAGUGGUCCUACUGCAGCCCAACAUCUCCCUCAGUGAUCCUGCAGGAGGAAUGAUCUGGGCUCACCAGGAGCCAGAGGUGGUCAGAGGCAGCAGUUUCACCAUCACUUGCUCCACUCCACCACAGUACCCAGGAGGUUUCCUCCACCUGACAUUCACAGGGUCCAGUAAGACUGACACUCAGGCUGCUCUCAAUCACUCUGCCUCCUUCCUGUUUCCUGCUGCGGAAUUUUCCCACCAGGGGAAUUACAGCUGCGUUUAUGAGACCACAGUUUCCACCCGCAACUUCAGCUCCCCACAGAGUGAACUGCUGCCCGUAAUGGUCAGAGUGAGCCUACCAAAGCCAAGCAUCUCUGUCAGUGCCAGAGAGGUUACCUGGGGUCGCAGUGUUGACAUCACCUGCUCCAUCACUCCAGUGCACUCUGGUGGUACAUUUGUGCUGCAGAAGGUCUCAGGGUCAUACAGAGAUACAAAAAGUUCCAGUUCCAAUUCUGCCACCUUCACCAUUACUGCAGUGAACUUUAUUCAUGAGGGGGCUUACCGCUUGGUCCUACAGCAGCCCAACAUCUCCUUCAGUGAUACUGCAGGAGGAAUGAUCUGGGGUCACCAGGGGCCAGAGGUGGUCAGAGGCAGCAGUUUCACCAUCACCUGUUCCACCCCACCACAGUACCCAGGAGGCUUCUUCCACCUAAUGUUCACAGGGUCCAACAGGACUGAGAUUCAGGCUGCUGUCAAUCACUCUGCCUCCUUCCUGUUUCCUGCUGCGGAAUUUUCCCACCAGGGGAAUUACAGCUGCGUUUAUGAGACCACAGUUUCCACCCGCAACUUCAGCUCCCCACAGAGUGAACUGCUGCCCCUAAUGGUCAGAGGUUUGCUGGAUCCUUCUGGUACCUUCAUAUAA